AUGAAACUUGCAGGAACCUUUUCAACUGGUAAAUUUAAUGCAGCGUUUAACACUGCAAAAGCUGUUUUUGACGUCGUGAAAAAACCCGAAAUACAGCAUAAACUGAUUGCAGCAAGUAAGAAUGAAACUGUUCGAUCAGCGGUUUCAUCUCUUGCUAAAAAUGAAGCGGCACGUAAAGCUGCUCUGAAUAUUUUGCAAGAUGAAAGAACUUUGAAAACAGCAUGUCAUAUUGCUCAGGCCUCUGAUAGCCAACAAAAGCAAAAAAAUCUUGUAAAUUUAGUUGACAGUAUACCAGCUCGUACAUCUGUUAGUCAUGACACGACUUCCAAAUUCAACAUAAAAAAAGCAUCGAAGUCGAUAUAUCCUUCACUUCUUCCAUCACGAGAUUAUGUAUCUGAUCUUAAUCCUAAGACAACUGACAACAUCAAAAGUAUACCCAGUCAGUUAGUUUCACACAAUAUCUCGCAGUUUAAUUUCGCUCCAGGAACGAAUGCAUUUGCGGGUACGAAUCAAGAAGAGCAACCGCAUGGUUAUGCAAAAUUUGAGUUUGUCGGAUCACAUUUUGAUGAACUUUCCGCGGAGCCUCUCGAUAUGAUUAUUCUAGAAAAAAAGGUGGAUGAUCAGUGGAUCUAUGGGCUUAAUAAAAGGACUGGUCAGAAGGGAAUCAUGCCACUUUUGUAUAUUGAUGUAAAAAUCCCUCUUCCCACGACAUUAACCUCGUCAACUUCUCAAGCACCAUUUUAUGCGAUUGCACUAUUCGAUUUUGAUAGCAGCGUGUCAGGAGAUCUUACGUUUCGAGUAAAUGAUGAAAUUUAUGUUACCGAAAGGAUUAAUGAUGAUUGGUUACGUGGUACGAUUGGUACACGUCAGGGUAUCUUUCCUGCUAAUUAUGUUCGGAAAAUUACCGUUCCAUCGACAUCGAUUUCACAACCCAUGAAUUGUGAUGCGUCAGUAGAAUAUAUCAGCGCCUUGUAUGAUUAUAAUAGUACUGUUGAAGGCGAUCUAAUUUUUAGGGCAGGUGACAGAAUAGAAAUACUAGAAUGGGUAAGCGAAGAUUGGUUGAGAGGUAAAUUAGAUGGGAAAAUUGGCUUGGUACCACGCACUUACAUUGAGAAGUAUAGCAGACACGUUGAUGCUGGAAAACAAUUAAAUGCUACGAGUACAGUUGUCACUGCAACAAAAGAUUAUUAUAAUGCUGCAGAAGACUAUUUGUGCUUCUCGAAAGGAGAUCAAAUCGAAGUCGAUGAUAGUUGGUUGAAGGGAAAACUGCUGCUGAAUAUGAGCAACACGAAGUCCUUCCCAGUGGGAUUAUUUCCAAGAUCAGCCAUCUCUUGA